UGUUUAUCUAGCGGCUACUUUUCAUUUUUAAUUCAGGGGGAAAAUGCACGUUUGAACGUCUUUGUUAGGCCUAUGUGUAGCCUAUAUUAGGUUAUCAGAUGUAGGCUGUCCUUAGUUUUAUAGUAAUAUUUUAACAACAGAGGGACCAAAAUUUUGUGUUUGUGUUUCACUGGCAAAGAAAUGGACCACCUUUAGGCCAAAGACGCGUCAUGAAUAGCUGUAGGCCUAUCUUAUCUUCCAUUUAUGGACUUACCUCUCAAACCUGGACUUGACUUUUGUCGGAUGUUUUCUUUUCUCAAAGAGUUGAACAUGUCCACAGUAACGCUGCUCCUAUCUUGUCUGCUUUACAGAGAAGUCCUUGCGCUGUCAGUGCAGGGACAACUUCGUGUGCGCAAUUACGCAUCAUUUUUAUCCAGGAAACUUCUGGCACAUCACGGAUCUGCACUGGGAUCCGACUUACAAAUCGACCGCUAUUCCUGAACUUGUGUGUGCAUCAAGCGGCAAACGACCUGCAGCCAAUGCGGGGGAAUUUGGACACUAUGCUUGUGACUCGCCAUGGCACCUUAUAAACUCGUCUGUGUAUGCCAUGAAGGAUAUUCUACCAGACCCGGACUUCAUCGUAUGGACAGGAGAUGACACACCACAUGUACCCAAUGAGGAUCUGGGAGAAGAAGCAGUGCUCCACAUUAUCAGCAACCUUACCCACAUGAUACAUCAGGUGUUUCCAAACACUAAAGUGUACUCUGCCCUUGGCAACCAUGACUACCACCCUAAGAGCCAGCUUCCUGCAGGUCCAAGCUACAUCUAUGACAAAACAGCAGAAAUGUGGCGGGACUGGUUGGCUCCAGAGUCCCAAGAAACAUUUAAAAAAGGUGGAUAUUACACAGAAAAGCUGCUGAAUCGAACCGGUUUCAGGAUGCUGGUUCUCAACACUAAUCUCUACUAUGACCAGAACAAGCUGACCCAGGACAUAGAUGACCCAGCGGGUCAGUUUAGCUGGGCGGACCGGGUUCUUACAGAGGCCGGCAACAACAAAGAAAAGGUGUACAUCAUUGGCCACGUUCCCCCAGGUUCCUUUGAGAAGAAGAGAAAUAAGCCAUGGUUCACACGUAAAUUCAACCAGCAAUACUUGGAUUUAAUUCAAAAGCAUCAUUCAGUCAUACUUGGACAGUUCUUUGGCCAUCAUCAUACUGACAGCUUCCGAAUGUUCUAUAACUCCGAGGGCUCUCCUAUCAGCACAAUGUUCCUCAGCCCAGGUGUCACACCGUGGAAGACAACGCUUCCUGGAGUCGUGGACGGAGCCAACAACCCUGGGAUUCGUGUCUUUGAAUAUGACACCCAAACACUCCUGGUCAAAGAUAUAGUGACUUAUUAUCUAAACCUGACUCACGCUAAUGCAGCCCGCGCACGCUGGGAGAAGGAGUAUCGCCUCACAGAGAGCUUCAGAGUGCCAGACGCCUCCGCAGCCUCCAUGCAUCAGGUUCUGGAGCGCGUUGCUAAUGACCGUUGCUACCUACAGAAGUACUAUGAGUUCAACUCUGUUAGCUAUGACCUGACAGAGUGUGACAGUGACUGCCGCGUCGACCACGUGUGUGCAGCCAGAGAGGUAGACUUUGACAGGUAUGAACGCUGUCUGGAGAAAGAAGGGGCAGCUGCCAUUUAUGGUGGUUUGCUGUUGGUCCCCUCUGUGGCUGUAAGUCUGGUGUUGUCCAAUCGGUAAUGAUCAUCUAAAUCACAGAUGAUGAUGUAAAAAAUUUAGUUAUGCACUAAUGUACUUAAAAAAAAAAAACCAACCUUUGGCUUCAGCAAUCUUUGUUGUGGCCUCUUUAUCUUGGUUUAUUGGCACUGGUUGAAUAUGUGAUUUCCAGUCAAUAGAUGAAAUGUGUGGUAUUCAUGUGGCUCAAAAGGCAUAAGUACAUACAAUUAAACUGUGUCAAAUGUUUCUUUACCCCUAAUCUUCCCUGUCUAAAUAUAUUUAAUAAAACCAGAAAUGGCUAAAA